UAUGGAAACGAUUUUCAGUGUUUGGAGAAGCCUCACAAAGCUCAGUAUGGAGGAGGAAUAGUUUUAAACCCAGAGUUGGAUGAUGGGUUGGAAGGAUGGUCGGCUUUUGGAGAAGCAAAGAUAGAAGAAAGGGUAUCGGGGGGCAACAACUUCAUUGUGGCUCACAGCAGAAACCAGCCAUAUGAUAGUUCUUCGCAGAAGCUUCACUUGCAGAAGGACAAGCUCUACACCUUCUCUGCUUGGAUUCAAGUGAGCAGCGGAAGUGCUCCGGUGGCAGCUGUUUUGAAAACAAAUGCCGGGUUGAAAUACGCUGGGGCAGUUGUUGCUGAGUCGGGGUGUUGGUCCAUGCUUAAGGGUGGACUCACUGUGGAUGCUUCUGGCCCUGCUCAGCUCUAUUUUGAGAGCAAAAAUACAUCAGUAGAGAUAUGGGUGGAUAGCAUCUCAUUACAACCAUUCACUCAAGAGCAGUGGAAGUCUCAUCAACAUCAAAGCGUAGAGAAGACGCGAAAGAGAAAUGUGAGACUCCAAGCAAUUGAUGUCAAAGGAAACCCCAUAACAGGAGCAACAAUGGCACUUAAGCAAAAUAAAGCUAAUUUUCCAAUCGGUGCUGUCAUCAACGAAUUCGUCAUCAACAACACUGUCUACCAGAAUUGGUUCACCAAAAGAUUCACAGUCGCAACUUUCGGAAACCAACUCAAGUGGUACAGCAACGAAAGGUCCCCUGGAAAGGAGAACUACUCCUUCCCUGACGCCAUGCUCCAGUUCUGCAAGAAAAAUGGCAUUAAUGUCCGCGGCCACAAUAUUUUGUGGGACGAUCCCGUUAUGCAGCCUAAGUGGGUUCCCUCCCUUUCACCUACCCAACUCCGAUCAGCCGCUGACAGAAGGAUAAACUCGGUUGUGAAUCGAUACAGAGGCCAAUUUAUUGCAUGGGACGUCGUGAAUGAGAAUUUGCAUUUUACGUUCUUUGAGGACAGGCUUGGGGCCAAUUAUUCGGCAGCUGUUUUCCAGAAAACUCACCAACUUGAUCCGGAGCCCGUCUUGUUCUUGAAUGAUUAUAAUACCCUAGAGCGGAUUGAUGAUGCCUCAGUGAAACCCCGAAGGUACCUUGAAAAGCUGAAAGAGAUCCGAUCUUUUUCGGGUGGAAAGCUAUCAUUGGGAAUUGGGCUCGAGGGUCAUUUCGAAGCUGCUCCCAACCUUCCUUAUGUGAGAGCUGCAAUUGAUACUCUUGCUGAGGCUAAAGUACCCGUUUGGAUUACGGAGCUGGACGUGAGCACCAUGCCCGAUCAGGCAAGGCACUUUGGGGAGAUUCUAGAGGAGGCUCACGCUCACCCGGCCGUGAAUGGAAUAGUAACAUUUGGAACAUGGAGUCCAAGGGGCUGUUACAGGAUGUGUUUGACAGACGGGAAUUUCAAGAACUUGCCACCAGGGGAUGUUUUGGACAAGCUGUUGAAGCAGUGGAGUCAUGAGGGCUUGGUAGGCGUCACCAAUGCUGAUGGUUUCUUUGAUUCUUCCCUUUUCCAUGGAGAUUAUCAAGUCAGAGUCACUCAUCCAACUUUGAUGACGAAGUCCUCACUGAUUCAUAGCUUUAAGGUGCCAUCCACAGACACUUCUCAGGAAGCAGCAGUGCUUCUUGUUAAAGUUUCCGCUUGAGUUUUUAUUAUUAAGCCCUAUUUUACUGUUUCAAUAAGGAAACAUAAAUUCAAGGCAUUCAUCAAAUAAAGCAAUUUGAA